UUGGUUACUGUGCACAUGAAUGUUUCAGCAGUUAUUUUUAUUCCUCUUCUUCCUUUAGAAACUUCUCCCCAGUUACCAGCACCAGAAAAUGUGGAGAUUUAUUCCUACAACUUCCAGAGUGUGCUGAGGUGGUCUCCUGUUGUAGUGGAGAACGGCUCGGUGUUAUACACAGCCCAUUACAAAACAGGUUUUUUCCAGGAGUGGAGCGGGAUGGGCUGUGCUGGGAGCCCCCAGCCCCAGUGCAGGUUCCCCCCGGAGCUGCGGCGGCGCUGGACGGUCGUGCUGCGCGUCAGGGCCGAGCUGGGCGCCCUGGCCUCGCCCUGGGUGCUCACACCUCCCUUCGUGGCAGAGAUGAACACCACUCUGGGCCCCCCCAGGGUGAACAGUGUGAGCAGCAGCCCCGACUCUCUGCUCCUCAGCAUCAGCCCCCCCUUCACCCCUGAGCCUGGGGACCUCGUCCAGUACCACGUGUCCUACUGGGAGAACACAACCAGUGCUAUAAAACAAAAGCUAAGUGGAAGCAAGACACUAUUCCAGAUUGGAAAUCUAAAGGAAUCAACACUUUAUUGCUUCAGUGUUCAAGUGCAGCUGAAGAUCUACUCAGGUCACCUCUUACAGGGACAGCAGAGUGUCCCAGAGUGUCACAGAACUGCCCUCAGUGAGGCAACCCAAGCUGUGCACAUCAUCCUCCUGUUUGUCCUGGCCUUACUCUUCAUGCCCCCAGUGACAUAUGCUUUGCUGCUUCUGUGGAAGUACCACCAAAAAAUCAAAUAUUGGGCUCAGCCACCCCUGCAAAUCCCAUCACACUUCAGGGAGUUCCUGAGGGACCCUGGCUUGUCUGGCUUGGAGCUGUACAGUCCUGCUGAGGAGGAGCCCCAGGCCCUGGUGGUUGGAGAAGGAAAUGGCCUGGAGGAUGAGGAUCCUUCACCCAACACCUCCAGGGACAGGGGGGACACUGAGGGGACACCCCAGUGAGUGGCACCUGCCCCAGGACUGGCCAGAGGCUGCUCCCAUGGCUGCUGGCAGGACAGCCCUGAACAGGGAGCCUGGGAUCACAGGAUAAUCCUGAACACAGAUCCUGGGAUCACAGGAUAAUCCUGAACACAGAUCCUGGGAUCACAGGAUAAUCCUGAACACAGAUCCUGGGAUCACAGGACAAUGCUGAACACAGAUCCUGGGAUCACAGGAUAAUCCUGAACACAGAUCCUGGGAUCACAGGAUAAUCCUGAACACAGGUCCUGGGAUCACAGGAUAAUCCUGAACAGGGAGCCUGGGAUCACAGGAUAAUCCUGAACACAAAUCCUGGGAUCAUAGAAUAAUCCUGAACACAGAUCCUGGGAUCACAGGACAAUCCUGAACACAGAUCCUGGGAUCACAGGAUAAUCCUGAACACAGAUCCUGGGAUCACAGGAUAAUCCUGAACACAGAUCCUGGGAUCACAGGAUAAUCCUGAACACAGAUCCUGGGAUCACAGGACAAUCCUGAACACAGAUCCUGGGAUCACAGGAUAAUCCUGAACACAGAUCCUGGGAUCACAGGACAAUCCUGAUCACAGAUCCUGGGAUCACAGGACAAUCCUGAUCACAGAUCCUGGGAUCACAGGACAAUCCUGAACACAGAUCCUGAUGCUCCAGGGGCCUCUGCCCAGCUCCUCCCGCUCCUCGCUCUGCCAAAAGCACUGGGAAGAGGGAGUGUGGAAGGGAAAGGAAAGGAACACUAAACUGCCUGCAGACAGGUGGAUAAAAGGGGUAAAUUCCCACUCCAGCUUGGAGGAAUAAUAGCACUUUAUUGAUGUGGGAUAACCUGGGACUUUCCAGGGAGUGAAGAGUUGCAGUGUAAAUUCCAUUUCUGCUGGUUUUGCAAUAAUACUCCCAUUCUACCCACUCCAGUCUGCUUUCCUGAAUCAUUUCAAGUGCAGCACAAACUAUAAAGAAAUUUGUAGGUACUUUCCUUGGGAUGAGGCUGUGCCAAGAACCCCUCCCAGAGAGGUCAGCUCAUAUCUGCCUCCUGCCAGCCUCCUGGAAGCAUUAAUCUGCUCCUGCAGCCAGCCCAGGGCCCUGCACACCACAAAGGACCUGAGGAGAAUUUUACUCCGAGUUUUUUACAGCCUGUAUCAGUCACUGUCACACACUAAAAGCUCCUGUUGACACCAGAGUUUUCUGGUUUUAGUGCCUUAAAGCAGAAGAGCCCAAGUUAAAUCCCACAUCACCCCCAGUGGGGUCUGGAGUGUCCAAUAAAGCACAAAGAACAAAUGAACCUCUUCUGUAGUAAAAAGA